GCAGUCCUUUCUCCUGGCCUCCCCAUCCCUUGACAGAAGGGGUCCUGCCUGGUGUUCCCGAACAACCUUGGGCUCUAUCAUGGAGCGUGUUGCUGCUGUCCUACGGCUACAGCAUGAACAGCUCCAGCUUUUUGCCCAGCUGAGGGAGGGUUAAAUCCCUUCCUUCACCUCCUCCCCAGACUCUCCUGCUUCACUGAAGGAGCAGAAGCACAGAGUGUGCUGAGGUGCCCGGGCUGGGAGCAUCAUUCAGAGGAGUGCCCUGCUCAGUCAGCCACACGAGUCAGUCCUGUCACAUUUCAAGCUUAAAUCCCACGACUGAGGUGAAGUCUAUUUAAACUGUGUAUUUAAGCAAAACAAAAAGUUUCUUCAUGUGUUGGUACCUGCUCUAAAGUGAGAGCUUCCAUCUUCUCCGUGCUCUGUGCGUCUGGAAGCUGCUAAGUGGGAAUUGGAUGUCAGGAGGCGUUUUCAGCCUUUGAAGACAUAAUCUGGGAGUGCUCAGCUCUGAACAGGACAGUGGCAAUAGAUCAGCCUGUGUGGACAUGAGGAUGUGAAUAGGCGGGUGUUUGAGGGCAUGUCAGAAUAUCAGUGGCUGUAGGACUCCUUAUCCCCCCCCGAUGGCACCGAUUCCUGCUCCGUGCCCACAUCUUUUUGCUCGUGCUGUAUUUUUAUCGCGUGGUUUAUUUUUGUCGUGACUGCCUUGUGCUCCCGAGUAACACAAGACGACUGACUGCCUUACAGAGUUCAGCACUGGCUUCUGGGCCAGGGGUUUCCCCGCCUUCCCCCCCAGUGUUGAAUAGGAGACUGCUGUUCGCAGCCCUUUUCCCUGUUUUCCUGGGGCAGACCUCGUGCCGCCGGUGGCUGAUGGAUCUCGGAGUGCCUGGUUAUUCUGACAGGAUGUUGACACAUGUGGACCAACAGUGACAUCCUUUUUCAGCAAUGCUGUCUUUGCUCCCUCCUGCAUUCAGAAGCAUCUAGAGAGAUUUUUUGCAGAAGGGAUCCUCGAUGCAUUUCCUUGCCAUUAUUUAAGGAGCCUUUACUAAAAGCUUUUGGAUUGUGUUUCUGAGCAGACAAGAGAUUUUUGUAUCCAAAAUGCUCAUAAAGGAAUAUCGUAUUCCUCUUCCGAUGAGCGUGGAAGAAUAUCGCAUCGCCCAGCUCUACAUGAUCCAGAAAAAGAGCAGAGAGGAGACAUGUGGGGAAGGCAGUGGAGUGGAGAUCCUGGAGAACAGGCCCUACGUGGAUGGCCCGGGGGGCAGUGGGCAGUACACUCACAAGGUUUAUCACAUCGGGAUGCACAUCCCCAGCUGGUUCCGCUCCAUCCUGCCCAAGGCAGCUCUGCGCGUCGAGGAGGAAUCCUGGAACGCUUAUCCUUACACAAGGACCAGGUACACGUGUCCUUUUGUGGAGAAAUUCUCUAUUGAUAUUGAGACGUACUACAAAACUGACCCAGGAGACCAUAACAACGUGUUCAACCUUUCUGCUGCAGAAAAAAGACAAACCAUUUUAGAUCCUAUUGAUAUUGUUAAAGAUCCUAUCCCUCUCCAUGAGUACAAAGCUGAGGAGGAUCCAAAGCUGUAUAAAUCAGUGAAGACUAAAAGAGGGCCCCUCUCAGAAGAUUGGAUUCAAGAGUACAAGAACAACCCUGGGAAAUACCCCAUCAUGUGUGCAUAUAAACUGUGUAAAGUGGAGUUCAGAUACUGGGGGAUGCAGUCGAAAAUCGAGCGCUUUAUCCACGAUGUUGGCCUGCGGAAGGUCAUGGUCCGGGCCCACCGCCAGGCCUGGUGCUGGCAGGACGAGUGGUACGGGCUCACCAUUGAGGACAUCCGGCAGCUGGAGAAGGAGGCCCAGCUGAUGCUGGCCCAGAAGAUGGCCCAGUUCUGUGGUGAGAAUGACUCAGAGCAGCACGGUGUCAAGGACACUCCUGGGGAAAAGGACGUGGAGCCCAGCACGGGGUCACCUGCCGACACCGAGGACGCCUCUGCGAACAGCGACGCGGCCUCCGGCAGGUCCCUCACCAAGCAAUGGUCCACCUCCUCCAAGUCCUCACGCUCUUCAAAGAGAGGAGCAAGUCCCUCGCGCCAUAGUAUCUCCGAGUGGAGGAUGCAGAGCAUUGCCAGGGAUUCAGAUGACAGCUCAGAUGAUGAAUUCUUUGAUGCACAUGAGGACUUGUCUGACAAUGAGGAAAUGUUCCCGAAAGAAAUAACCAAAUGGAGUUCCAACGAUCUGAUGGAUAAAAUUGAAACCCCCGAAUGCGAUGAUGUCCAGGGUGACCUGUACCAGGAGACAUCAGCAGAGUACAACGUUGGCUCCAGCGUGGAGAGGCUCAGCAUCAUUGAGGAUGAAUCAGUGCAGCCAUUAAUGCAGCCAAGUAAAAUCCAUGUCUUGCUCUUGGUCCUCCAUGGAGGGAACAUCCUGGACUCAGGAAGUGGUGACCAGAGCUCCAAGCAAGGGGAUGUGAACACCAUCACAACUGUGUUUGACACAGUGAUGAGGGUGCAUUACCCAGCUGCUCUGGGACACAUUGCCAUCAAACUUGUCCCUUGCCCAGCCAUCUGCUCCGAAGCUUUUUCCCUGGUGUCCAGCCUCAGCCCAUACAGUUAUGAUGAGGGCUGCCUGUCCAACAGCCAGGAUCACAUUCCCCUGGCUGCGCUCCCCCUGCUCGCCACGUCCUCACCGCAGUACCAAGAAGCCGUGGCCACUGUCAUUGUCAGAGCCAACCAGGCCUACAGUGAGUUCAUCAAAUCCCAGGAGGGCACCUCCUUCAACGGCCAGGUGUGCUUGGUAGGGGACUGUGUUGGAGGGAUCCUGGGAUUUGAUGCCUUAUGCUACAGCAAUCAGACGGUGUCCGAAAGCCAGAACAGCAGUCGGCGAGGGAGUGUUGUGAGUGUCCAGGAUACCGACCUUCUGUCUCCUGGAAUAACGGUGAACAACAGCCACUGUUCCAGUGGCUCUAAUCUGGAAGCCAGCAGACACCUCAGCAGGAGCAACAUUGAUAUUCCUCGUAGCAAUGGAGAAGAUCCAAAGAAGCAGCUGCCACGAAAAAGGAGUGAUUCAUCCACUUAUGAAAUGGACACGAUAAAGCAGCAUCAAGCCUUUCUUUCAAGUUUACAUUCUAGUGUCCUGAGAAACGACCCCACAUCCAGGCGAUCCAGCAGCUCCACGAUGCUGGAUGGAGGAAAUAUUGGGAAGUUUGACUUUGAGAUCACAGACUUCUUCCUCUUUGGCUCUCCCUUGGGUCUGGUGCUUGCACUGCGGAAAACUGUAAUUCCAGCUCUUGACAUCUUUCAGCUCAGACCAGCUUGCCAGCAGGUCUAUAACCUGUUCCACCCUGCAGACCCAUCUGCUUCACGCCUCGAGCCUCUUCUGGAGAGGAAGUUUUACCUUUUGCCCCCCUUCAAUAUUCCCCGGUACCAGAGGUUCCCGCUGGGUGAUGGCAACUCUGCAGUUUUGGUUGAGACAAUCCAGAACAAUCCCAUCCUCCUCAUGGAAAGUAGCCCUCUGGGUGCUCUCCAGCACCAGGACAGCUUCAUGGAAACAAGUAUCCCCGUUCCCGUACUGAAUUGGCAAGAUGUUUCCAAUAAAAGUGCUGGUUGUGCUGAGUCAGAUGUUGUUCAGUCUCAUGGUGCCGUCUUCAUGGAAAACGCGUCCCUGUCCACCCCCAUUUCAGCCCCUCAGUUCAGGGGCUUCCGGAGAGCCAGUGAGAUCAGCAUUGCCAGCCAGGUCUCAGGAAUGGCAGACAGUUACACUGCUUCCAACAUAGCCAACAAAACCAAACACCACCCUAAUCAUUGUAGAGGGUUUAGCCUUCUAUCCCAACUUGCCCUCCCUCACAAAUCCCCUACCCAAACCUCGUUCAGGAGGCGUAGGCAGCAUAAACAUGAAAUCCCUGCCAAGGGGAGGAAGCUCAAAGGGCCACGGAGCCGGGCUGCAGGCUGUGCUCUUCGGAUACCAGACCUGGACAUCAAGACAGUUGCUGCCAAGUGGUGGGGAACCAAACGGAUCGACUACGCCCUGUACUGCCCCGAUGCCCUCACGGCUUUCCCCACGGUGGCUCUGCCUCACCUCUUCCACGCCAGCUACUGGGAGUCCACGGAUGUUGUCUCCUUCCUGCUCAGACAGGUGAUGAGACACGAGAACUCGAGUGUUUUGGAGCUGGAUGGGAAGGAGGUGUCUGUAUUCACACCCUCCAAGCCUCGUGAGAAGUGGCUCCGCAAGAGGACAAAUGUGAAGCUCCGGAACGUCACAGCCAACCACAGGAUCAAUGACACCAUUGCUAAUGAGGAUGGGCCCCAGACCUUAACUGGGAGGUUCAUGUAUGGUCCAUUAGACAUGGUCACCCUCACAGGAGAGAAGGUGGACAUCCACAUCAUGACCCAGCCACCGUCGGGGGAGUGGGUGUACUUUGACACGGAGAUCAGCAACAGCAGUGGCAGGAUUUCCUACGUGAUCCCCGAGGAGCGGCGCCUGGGCAUUGGCGUCUACCCUGUCAAGAUGGUGGUCAGGGGCGACCACACGUUUGCUGACAGCUACAUCACGGUGCUGCCGAAGGGGACGGAGUUCGUGGUGUUCAGCAUCGACGGCUCCUUCGCAGCCAGCGUGUCCAUCAUGGGCAGCGACCCCAAAGUCCGCGCCGGGGCCGUGGACGUUGUAAGGCACUGGCAAGACCUCGGCUACCUCAUUAUCUAUGUCACGGGCCGCCCUGACAUGCAGAAGCAGAGGGUGGUGGCGUGGUUAGCACAGCACAACUUCCCCCAUGGGAUCGUGUCCUUCUGCGAUGGGCUGGUCCACGACCCGCUGCGGCACAAGGCCAACUUCCUCAAGUCCCUCAUCACCGACCUGCACAUGAGGAUCCACGCAGCGUAUGGAUCCACCAAGGACAUCUCGGUGUACAGCUCCAUCAGCCUCCCGCCCACGCACAUCUACAUCGUUGGCCGACCCACCAAGAAGCUGCAGAGCCAGUGCCAGUUCAUCACGGAGGGCUACGCCGCCCACCUGGCACAGCUGGAGUACAACCACCGCGCGCGCCCCGCCAAGAACACCACGCGCAUGGCGCUGCGCAAGGGCAGCUUCGGGCUGCCCAGCCAGGCCGAGUUCCUGCGCAAGAGGAAUCACCUGCUGCGCACCAUCUCCUCCCAGCCCUCGGCCAGCGGCGCCGGCCACCGGCCCGAGCGCACCCAGAGCCAGUCGGACAGCGACAAGGACAGGGACAGGGAGCGCAGCCAAAGGAGCAUGAGCAUCGCCACGGGCUGCUGGGGCCGGAGCGCCGCGUCCCGCCUGGAGUCUGGCCUCUUGGGGCAGAAGUAGCCAGGCCAGAGCCAGGAUUGUCAGCUGCAGCCACCAGAGGAGAAAAUAAAAGGAAAGAGGGACGAGGCCAGUGUUUCGGGCUGGAAGGGUAAAUAUGGUGCUACUCUAAUAACACGGUGUUCUGGGAGGAGACGGGAUGGUUCCCACACAGAACGUGCAGGCCUUGCAGCGGGAGCGUCAGGUUUGUGCAGCGUGAGCCCAAGGAACAGCUGGAAAUCGGGGGGGAAGUCUCCAGAUCAGGACGGCGCUCUCUCCUGCCUCCUCCUCCUCUCUCUCAUCCAGGGUCAGUGACUGUAAAUACGUGCCUCCUCCUCGCCUUGUUAGCCAUCGCUCCAACACGGUGACCGAGUGCUGUCCUCAGAGCCCCAGGAACAGGGCAUGAGGCUGGGGGAGCUUGUUCUGGGCUGUCCCGGGAGUCAGACUGGGGGCUCCGGGGUUGGGUAAUGCGCCGCUCCCCCGGCCCAGAGAGGGAUUUGUCGUGGGCUGUGCCAGGCAGAGCGACCGAGGGCUUUUCCUGGACAGAGAUCUCCACGUGCAGCCACGUUCUGGAGGAGCUGGUGCAGUGUAAAGCUCGAGGAGCUGGUGCAGUGCAAAGCUGAAGCUGCAUCGAUGCCAUUGGCAGAAACAGAAAUGUCGGCAGAUUUGUGCCCAACACAGCGGGGUCAUUAUUGUUACUACUGUUAUUUUUUAAAGAGACCUUUUAGAAGCUGAUGGAAUUUAAUGUGUUGACCUAUUAAAAGAGGAAUACAAGCUAUUUUGUUUGAGCUGUUACAAACCUCAGACACUUAAUUUGCUGUUAAAGUCUCCAAAUAGUCUCACUAUGUAUUAUUUCCAACAAGUAACCACCAUAUAUUUGGAAACAGCUGAAGGCACUCAGCAGCGGGAUUGCAUUGCAGUUCUUCUCAUCCAAAUGCAGGGUCUGACUCUCUCAACACCCACCUCUGAGACCUUUCUUCUUCCCAGGUUCUCUCCAAGUUCAGUAGCAGCUUUCAUGGGAACUAGACUCGCUUCUUUUACCUAUAGUUACUGAACUGUAAAACCUCAUUGUUUUUUGCACUGAUGAUUUUUAGAAUGGAAACCUGUUACCAUCUCAUGUAGCUACACCAGUGUUUGUAGUGCAUGACAAUGAAAUAUUGCUAAGCCAGGGUGUGUGUGGAUAUCUAUACAUAUAUACACACACACAUAUAUAUAUAUGUAUAUAUUUAAAAAAACACAAACAAUCUGUGCAGAAGUUUUUCCAGCAGUAAGGAGACUGUAAGGAAGUGUGCCAACAAUGUCAGGCAACCUUAAGAAAAGGCCAUAUCUUAAUUUUUCUGGUGUGUUUCUCAGUGGAUGUGCCUGAGGCGCUGGGUUUGUGCUGCUGGAGCGAGCUGGCGGGCGCGUGGCAGAGGGCUGGCACCCCGGUGACACCCAGACAGGGACAGAGAACAGUGCCUGGAGCCAGGGCUUGCCAAAAAGCCCCUCAGUCCUGUCCCUCCCAGGGCCAGAAAAGGUUCUCUCCUUGCACACACCUCCUGGGGCGGAGGGACAUCCACACAGGAGGUUCUGGAGUGCCCAUUCACAGGCUCCAGUUGGCCUCUUCACAUGGAGAUUUUAUAAUCCUACCGAGCUCCCUGACUGUGUGUAAAGCUCCCUGCUUUCCCCACCACACUUUCCUGUCUUUAUAUCACUUUCUACUUACGAGGAUCUUAUUUAUAACAGAGAAUUUUUUAGACUGGCUGCUUCAUUUUCUUACCAGUUUCAAUAAGAACGGUGCAGGACGGCCGCACUGAGAUCCACAGCACUGUGAACGCUGCUCUGCUCCCUGCCCCUGGGCCACGGCAGACAAAUCCAACUCAUCCAACUCAUGUGUUCGUGGUGUGGAGGGUCCAGGCCGAGGCAGAGCAGGGACAGUGCGGAGCUGCCGCCGGCAUCCGAGCCCCUGGAGCGCUCAGACCCGACUGCAAAACGUUUAACCACUUCUCUUUGGUAAUUAGCCAAUUACAGAAUGUACCUGAUGACUUUUUCUUACUGGAAACUGACUUCCCUUUCUGCUGACUCAGCUUGGCUCUCUCUGAAUGUACAUCCAGAGCUUUUACUGGGUUUGAAAACAAUGCAAAUUUGUCCCAGCUUUUUGCUAGCCGAAUGUUCUAUCAAACAGAUGCCAUCUGAGUAGGAAGCCAAGCCACAAUCCAUCCUGUGAAGUCACCAAACCACAUCACUAAAUAAUUUCUGCAAAUUUGGAUAUGGCCUUUGCAAAAUUCACCUUUCCUCCAAAUCCAGAACCGAGGCGUUACCUGUACAUUUUCCAGUGUUGAUGAGAUGUUCACAUUUUCUUAUGUGUAGAUAGUGUAAAACAGAGGCGAAUGUAAAUGUUCAACAUAAAAAGUGGAUAUAUAAAAUUGAAAGUUAUUUAUUUAUGUAGAGGGGAAAAAAAUGUCUGGAGGGACUGGAACCUUCAGGGUUUAUUAAUAUUUUAAAAAUGUAGCUUUUUGUUUCAGGCAUUAUGUACAAAGCAAUUAUUUUAUGGACCAAGUUUAAUGUAACUGUCAAUGAAUGCAGAAGUGCAAUAUGAUACUCACCCUCUCCAUCACUUCAUGUUUCCAACAGCUCCUAACCAGUUAGCCUGACAAUCACAGCACCUCCGUCCUCAUCCUUUGUCGAGCUUCUUGAACCUUUCCCUGGCCCCCCAUCUGUUGCCAUUGUACGGAUCCAACACGGAGAAGCAAUUGUAGAGCAGGACCUUUAUUGCUGCAAUAAUACCCGGGGAGGUGGGUGUAGUCAACAGGAAAUAAUGCCAGUAAGUUUUUCUUCACCGACUCAGUCCAUCCCCGUCUCCAUCUCUCAAUCCUCAGCCGCCCCCAUCUGGCACUCAUCCCUCUGAAGCAGAGGUCAACACUCACAGAACAAUAGCAAUAGUUUAACUCUGUGUUUAUAACCUGUUUGUCCCGAGCUGUUUUGGAGAGCAAUGCAUGUGACCUGAUGCCUUUCCACGUGUAUGGAAGAGGAUCCGUUUGGACGUGGUGAGGGAAAGAUUGAUGUAUAUUCCAUCCUUACUGAAGGGGCACUGUCAGGGUAAAGACCUAACUUAUCCUUGUUACGAGUAACUUGUUUGCUUUGAAAGGAGAGAAUGGGAAGUUUCUUGUCCUCCCUCGGCCAUUGUCUGGGCAGCCCUCGGUGACAGCCCACGUCCUGGUCUGCACAUCAGCACAACACAGCCUCGGGCUUUGGGGUUGCUUUUCCGUUUCCAUGGGAAUCAAACUCUGCUGCGGAGCUCAGAUUUUUUAUGAAAAGCAGCUUUUUAUAUUACUGCACCCUUAGGCCAGACUUUCUACCUGAUGCUGUCCCUUUAAAGUCUUUUAAAAAACCAGUGAGAGGAACCCGUGCAUUCCCUCCGAGUCGUUUUCCUGUUUGCUCAGAUCACUCAGUCAGAUGAGGCGAAAUCCUAAUACCAAAAACCGUUUACAGUGUCGGGGGCACGAGCCCAGAGCAGGAAUCAGCCAAAGGGUCACCACCACCCUCCCGCCCGCCCAGCAGCCGCCGUGCUUGCUGUAGCAGCCCCUUCUUCAGGUAUCGCCACUGUUUGCUGCAUUUCCUAUUAGUUCUAGAAGCCUUACGGUCCCCUCCCUCUGCCUGUUGAUACCCUCGACUGUCAAUUUUAUAUUCCAACAAUGUUAAUUAUAUUUUAUUUAUAAAAAAUUGCUCUAGGGGUACCAGCUGUGCGUGGGGAACCAGCGGGGGGAUGCCCGAGGGCUCCGGCUCCGCCCCACCUGUGCAGUGCCGUGCCGAUGACUCGCUUAUGUGUGGCAAACCUUCUGUACAACUUCCUUCUCCUCCUUGCUGUUAGUGCAUCGUUCCAAUGCCUGGUGUGCUUUGUGUACAGUAUCAUUGUGAGUUACACAGAUUAAAGAAAUGGGAAGGCUC